AUGUCAUUGAAAAAAGUCAGAGCCUUGCUGAAUUUUAAAAAGAAAGGGUAUGCCGACACAACUGCAUCUUCUUUCACAAGUGAAGAUAUGAAAGCGCUGAAAGUGAACUUCAAACCAUCAGCUGAAAAUGAAGUUAUACCUGAUGUUAAAGUUAUCAACUUUCCGAAAGAAUAUGAAGAAUUUGUUCUCCCCAACAUUAACAAACAUGCGUUAAGAUUGCCAGAUUUCAAUGUUGGAAAGCUUGAAGUUUCCAAUCACCUCCGAAGCUUCAUUGAUUGGUUGCAUAUCGCAGAAACCUCACAGGAGGUCAUAGGUACAAGAUAUUCUAGCACUGACUCUUUGGUAAACGAACUGUGUCACAAACUUUGGUCUGAAUUGUUGGCCUCUGAAUAUCAAGUAAUUAUUGCACCCAAGUUAUUGUCAAUUUCCUAUUCAGUUUUAAAGAUUCACUUUAUCAAAUCUUUUUGUAGUCUAUUUUUCGAUAAGAGCGAUAAAUACGAAAAUCAUAUACAAGUGCAUCCUGAAAUUGUGAUUGAAAAAAAAGAUAUUGCUAGAUUGGCCAUAGAAACUGACAAACAACUAAAAGACAUCGGGCCGAUGACUAACUUUGGAGAAACGCAAAUUACCGCCGAACUUCUUGUCUGUGCAUACAUGAAUAUUAAUUCUACCCCUAUGGAUCAGACCAUAUUUUUCAUGCGUAUAAUCUCUACGUACGUUACAUUUUAUAAGGCUGUAAUUUCUGAAGCAUAUUGGAAGGAACUUAUUGAUGGCUUACCGCAAGAACAAUCAGUUGUAGUUCAACGAUGGCCAAGGGAAAAUGGUCUGAGGACCGGUCUAGAUCUUACAGAACCGGAUGAAAGGCGAGCAAUACUAACAGCGUUGGUUAAAAUUCGUCAACAUAUUUUGCUAGUAGAUUGA